AUGGUGACAAAUGGUAAUGUGUCUGACCGCGAUACAAGGAACCUUGCAACCGCGAAUAACAAAAUCCCAGCAAGUGAAGUAGCCGAUAUAGGAAAAUGUACAAGAAAAGAUCUAGAAGCAGGCAAUGGUGGUGUUGGAGGUGUUGCCGAUGAUACAAUCGACAGUCAGUCAUUACCGAAACUGAGAUCGUCCUCAAUCCAUCAGGGAGAGACUUUCAAGCAUGUGGGGCACGUUUCCAACGUGGACUUUAACAACUUGAGAAAAGUAACCACGAGCAGCUCGCGAACGUCUGAUGCAAGUGCAAGAACAAAGUCGAAUCCACUUGCAAGGCUUUUUACAAGAAAUAAAUCUUCAAACUCUAUACAAACAGCGAGUGCCCAUACAAGCUUGCGGAAAGCAAAUCCAAGCCAUCAUGAAGAAAAAGAUAAAGAUAAAGAAAGAGAAAAAGGAAAAGGAAAGUUAGGAAAGGAGGAAGAAGAAGAGAAAGAGCAAGAGCAAGAGCAAGAGCAAGAAUAUAGUCAAAAAGAAGGAAGAAAUGGAGGAGACAAAGCAGGAGAAAACAAUGUUACUGAGGAAGGCGCAGAUAACCAAUAUGUCAGGAGAAGCGGCUCUUCCAUUCAUAUAGGCUCACGUAUCUCCUCAGGGCACAGACAUAAAGAUAAGCAGAAACUGCCAAGUAAAACCAAGCUGCAUUCUGCAAGUCUCGAGCUUGAAAGACCCCCUUCGAACUUUAUUGAUGGACAGGAUAGCUACAGCACUACUUCUCAAAACUCCUCACCUAGCUCCUUAAAGAGAAAACAAAAAAAAUUAUCGCUUGCUUCACCUGUGAUGAGCAUUCAAAACUUUUUUCACAAGCCUUUGGGCAGUGCGCAACUGAAGGCAGAAGGCAAGGGCCGCAAGGAUUCACUUCCGAGCCAAUCUAAAAACGUAGUGGGUUUAUCUUCAAGCAACUCCAACUCUAUAGUCAGCGAUCCAGACCUUGCGGCAAUUUUUAGAUUCACUCAGGGUAAUUUAUUUGCAGAAGAUAGCGAAGGGAACUCUGACUAUAGCACUUUGGUUGAGCUACAGCGAAAAAUGUUUACACCAACAGAUCUGUAUAUCUAUCAAAAGAUCAACAAGCACCACCCGCACAACGAAGUCUUGAGUGAAAUCUUGGACUCCAAGACAGCUAUCAAGACCAAUAGAGAUCAGCCUGCACUUUCUAAAUUUCAGCUAAGACUUUUUCAAAUCUUGAAGCCUCUUUUUGAUUCAUCUGGAAAUAACGGCAACUUCAACGCACAUCACCAGUAUCAGCACCACACUAGCAACAACAUCAAUGGCAUUAGUAAAAUCAACAACAAUGCUAAAAGUUCAGAUUGGUUACUAAGUAAGCAACUUGGCGUGUCAGUCGAAGAGCUUGGAAAUUAUGUGAAAGAUGUGUUCCAGGAAGCAAACCCAUUUGCAGCCACAAACAUCAAGUUGGCGAAAUACCGAAAAGGAGUGAGAUCUCCGUCAAAAAUACAAGUCGUUAAUACUAUCAAUCCUCAUCUGGAGGAAUCGAAUGGCCAUGCUCUUCAAACUUUCUCUAGAGAAUUCAACGAGGUUUUAGAUAUGUGUAUGCAUAUGUUGAUCGAUGGGUACCAAGGCGGAGGAAAGAAUAAUCGACAAGAAGGACGGGAUGUAAUAAACGAUAGCCCGAUUCACCGCUGGGACAUUGUAUCGAGCUGCUGGACACACUUCAAUAUGAGAACGAGGUUCUUGGUGAUAACCAUAAUGCAUCCACUUGAGUUGCUACUAAACAGAGACUAUGUUGAAAAGCUCGGUUGUUCAAGGUAUCAAAUGCUAGAUGCUGACACAUACUUAAUCCAGGCUUUUAGCAGGGUCAUCUUGAAACCAAUGCUUCUAUCGCGUAUGGAUGAUCGCGAAGACGCGUCUAUAUCGAGUUUGCAAAUGAGCCCUUCAAUGUUGACAGACCUUGAGUCACAGGCACUUUUCAAGAGCAAAACGACAACUGAAACCUUGCUCGCAUGCAUGGGGACCAUCAUGAGCAAUCCGAACUUUGAGUUUUCGGAGCAUGAUCCACACGAGGAUAAAUACCUAAGUGGCUUAGAUGCUUUAUCUCACGAAUUGCGCAUGUCGAUGACGAUUGCAAACUAA